AUGCACAAAUUGGGUGGUUACGAGUUUUGGGCGAGUAUUGGCUCUCCGAAAUUUGUUUGUGCUCCGAUGGUGGACCAAAGUGAAUUAGCAUUUCGAUUAUUGAUAAAAGAAUAUGGAGUGAAUCUGGCAUAUACUCCCAUGCUUCAUGGUAGAUAUUUUCAAAAUGAUAAGAAAUACCGAAAAAGGUAUUUUCAAUUUGAACCUGAACUUGAAGUGCCAGUAUUUGCUCAAUUUUGCACAAAUGAUCCAAACAUUUUUGUAAAUUGUGGAAAGUUGGCAUGGGAAAUGAGUGGAGGAAAAAUUGCAGCUAUUGAUUUGAAUUUAGGGUGUCCACAAAGAAUUGCAAAAAGAGGAAGAUAUGGGUCGUUUUUGAUGGAAGACUUUGAAUUGGUUUAUUCAAUUAUCAAUAAGGCUCAUCGAGAGCUUCCAAUACCUGUCACAGCCAAGAUUCGAAUUUUUGAAGAUUUACAAUUGACACUCAAAUAUGUGGAUACCGUUGUUUCUGCUGGAGCUCAAGUUCUUUGUGUACACGGGCGAACACGAGCACAAAAGGGGCCUUUUCAAAAUUACGCAGAUUGGAGUGUCAUUAAAGCAAUUCGAGAACAUGUUCCUCAAAUUCCAAUUAUUGCAAACGGAAAUAUUAGGACAUACCAAGAUGUCCUUGAUUGUUUGGAAUACACUGGAGCGGACGCAGUGAUGAGUGCUGACACGCUUUUAGAAAACCCAACACUUUUCAACAACGGAGAUCAUGUUCACCCGCUUGAUAUUUGCGACCGAUAUGUGAAUAUUUGUAAACAUCAUUUUCCGCCUGACCACAAUAAUAUCAAGAGACACUUAUUUCGAAUUUUGGAUCGAUCUUUAGGAGGAGCUGAAAAUAAUGAUUUGAGAAUUAUGCUUGGUAAAGCCAAGUUGUGGGAGCAUUAUCGAGAAUUUGUGGAUUAUAUUAAGGAACACCAAGGACGAUUGGAUUUUUCGAAUUACACUGUAGAUCAUGAACCAUCCAUCCGCAUUGUUCAAGACCCCGAAAACCAUCCAAUCAUUAAGAAUCCUAAUACAGAAGAUGUUGCAACCGAGAAGUGUGACAGUUGUGGGGAAGAGGCAGAAGACACGGAUUAA